CAACUGAGGGGGGAGGGACCAGAACGUUGAGAGAGAAAAAAAAAUUCACACAGCGAAAGAGACGGAGGAUAGAGGCGAAGUGCCGGAGCUUAGUCGCCUGCAAAUCCGUCGUCAUCCUCGCACCGAGCGUCCGUCCCGACAGCGGCAUCGCCUAGAAGUUUCCCCUAGAGACCCGCACAGCACACCAGAAAGCAGAUCAGGAGAGGCGCAGAGAAAAAUUUCCCUACUAGAUGACAUUUCAUCGCAAUGUCCGAUCGUUUGGGGCAGAUAACCAAGGGAAAGGAUGGGAAAAGCAAGUAUUCAUCUCUCAACCUAUUUGACAAGUAUAAAGGGAAGUCAAUAGAAGCAGUCCGAACUACAGUUAUACCUAGACAUGGCUUGCAAAGUCUUGGGAAAGUUGCCGCAGCCCGGCGCAUGCCCCCUCCUGCAAACUUGCCAAGCUUGAAAUCUGAAAACAAAGGAAACGACCCCAACGUUAUUAUAGUGCCCAAGGACGGAACGGGAUGGGCAAACAAACAAGAACAGCAAGACCAAAAGAGUUCCAGUGUGACAGCUCCUCCGCAGCAGGAGUCGCUGCCGCAGCCGGGUUUGCAGAAAUCUGUCUCCAAUUUGCAGAAACCGACCCCAUCGAUCAAUCAGGAGAAUGUAAAUUUAGUGCCAGGUGGACCAAAAUCAUGGGCACAGCUGAAUGGAAAGCCAGCAGGACAAGAAGGUGGUUCAAGGGGCUCAAACCGACUGUUGUCCUUCUCUCCCGAGGAAUUUCCAACGCUGAAAGCAGCUGGCGAGCAAGACAAGGCUGGCAAAGAAAAGAGCGUCUUAGAUCCGUCGUAUGGGCCCGGACCAAGCCUCCGCCCCCAGAGUAAGCCCCUCGCCCUGCUUCCCGAUGUCACCAGUUGGAGAGACGGUGGUGGGAGAAGCAUUGCUUCCAGUUUAUCUCCGUCCGUCUCUCCUACUGAGCCGGGCAGCAAAGUGGCAAUAACGGGAGAAGGGGCCCCCUCUACAUCGCUUGCUAAUGAUACUAAAGAACUCUCGCUGCGCCCGGCUCAGCCCACCCGAAAAGGGCCUAUUCAGUUCUUGGGAAACACCUACCACCCACCAACUUACCAUGACAUGCUACCAGCCUUUAUGUGCUCUCAGCACGCACCAGAGCCUUCUGGGACAUUGGAUCGUGCUUCCUUUCCCACCCUUAAUUCUCAGUCUCGCCUUGAGCCUCGUGUCCCUUUUCGGCAAUUCCAGAUGAAUGAUAAUGAAGGACGGGAGAGCAGGUUUCCAGUUGCACCCCCUCGUUCUUCGCGACCCCCCCGCCCACAAAUUGAACGUGCCCCUAGAGCCACCAUCAUUAAUGCAGAGGACCUAAAGGAGCUGGAUGACCUUGAUAAUGAUGCCGAGGACGGCUGGGCUGGUCUGCAUGACGAGGUUGAUUAUUCAGAGAAGCUGAAAUUCAGUGAAGACGAAGAGGAGGAGGAGACCGGUGCAAAAGAUGGCAGAAGUAAAUGGAAUGGUUGGGAUGGCAAAAGGCAGCGGCAGGUAUCCUUUAACUCUACUGAUAGUGCGGAGGGAAAGCAUCCUGCAGAUGAAGCAAAGGUCUGGAAUGACCAAUUAUCCCAUUCGCGUCCUGCUAGAAGAACACCGGAACCUGUGCCACAAGGGCUGCGGAAACCCAACACUUGGGCUGCUGUGGCUGAGCAUCAGAAACCUGUCCCUGCUGCAAUCUUGAGACAGCCAUCCAUAGAAGAGAGAGAAGAAAAGCUGCCUCAAAGGAAAAAUUUUGUCCAGUCUGAGAUCUCUGAGGCAGUAGAGCGUGCCCGCAAGAGGAGGGAGGAGGAGGAGAGGCGAAAUCGUGAGGAGCGACUGGCUGCUUGUGCUGCCAAACUGAAACAGCUUGAUCAGAAGAACAAGCAGGUCCUGAAACCAUCGGGUGAUUCUUCUUUACGCCAGCUGGACAAUAAGGAGAAUGAAGACCCCCGGUCUCCUGUGUCCGACAGAAGCAACCCCCAGGAGAACACACACACUUUUACAGAGAUCUCCCAGGAUUCCCCUUCUGAAUAUCAAGAAGAGGAGCCUUCUGGAACCCUAAGGGCUGAAACCAGCAGUGAAGAAGAAUAUGCAGAACCUACAUCCCCGGCACAAGAUUUCAAUAAACAUCAAAAACUGAUUCCACCCCGAUUUCAACGUCAACAGCAGGAGCAGUUGUACAAGAUGCAGCAGUGGCAGCAGCAGCAACAAGCCUAUGUGGCCUCCACCCAUUCCAACCAUCCUCGGACCUUCUAUUCCCCUCACCCACAGAUGUUGGGCUUUGAUCCCCGCUGGAUGAUGAUGCCUUCUUACAUGGACCCCCGGAUGACGCAAGGCCGUGCCCCUGUGGACUUCUACCCUUCAUCCAUCCAUCCUCCAGGUGUAAUGAAACAUAUGAUCCAGCAGGAUUCUAUGAGUGGUUCUGGAAGCUGCCAUUCAGAGGAACAAAACUGCCAGUCUGAGAGGAGGCCCCAGUCAACGGAAGCCAUUUCUGGAUGGAGCCAGGAGAGCUAUGUUCAAUUACACAACAAGACCUGCUCCCUUCCUCAACAGAAACAAGCAGACACUGCCACAAUGGGGAGCUACAGUAGGAAUGAAAGCUCUUAUUUGUCUGCAAGAGAAAAAUCAGGAGGCUCCCCUAUCCACCACGAGCCCUCGGAGAGAGAAGAGGAGUAUUUAUCGGUCUCUUAUGACAAGAAAUCCGCUGCAAGCUUUAGCAGUUGCAUUUCACCUCAAAGGAGUGGACAAGAUGCCCUGUACCAGCAUGGUGAAACAGCAAUAGAUUUGGGAGUUAACAGGGGGCGACAGAUGGCAGCCAGGGAUUAUGCCUCAAGAGGCCCUGAGUUUUUAAAGACUGAUAAAAAGCCUCAGUUUAAUGGCUGGGGUUUUACACACCAUCAACAAUCUUCUGAUAUAGCCAGCCGAGCAGAAGAGGAUCUUCCAAAGGAGUAUGCAUCGGUGGAAUCUGAGCACUGGAAGAAGGACGAUUGUGGGAGCCAGGAUGGUACAGGAGAAUCGUGCUGGAGAGGAGAAUCUGCAAAUUCCAAUAAUCAGCAGCAGCAAUCUGAGCAUCUAGGAAGAAGCCGUAGAUCUGGACCUAUCAAGAAACCCGUUUUGAAAGCCCUCAAGGUCGAGGAUAAAGACAUGGAGAAGAACAAGGUGGAAAUUAAAGAGCCAGUAAAACCUUUAAAAGAAAAAAAUCUUCCAAAAAUAGAGUGUGCUGUGAAGACUGAACCUGCUGUUACAAGCCCUCCUCCCAGUAUGAUAGAAGACAAAACCCAUCCUCUUCCUAGUCCAGUUCAGGAGGCUGAAAAAUUAUCCCAAGAAAAAGCUGAAAGGUGCUGGGAGACUAAGCCUUCACGUGAAUCUAGUAACACUUCCUUGCCAAAGAGAAGUAACUGGAUAUUUAUUGAUGAAGAACAAGCAUUUGGUGGAAGGGCUCAAGGUCGUGGCAGAGGUAGAGGGUUUAAAGACUUUGGUUUCCGCAGCAGAGGGGUCUCUGGAACAAACAGCGGCCAAAAGGUCAGCCGAGGACGAGGCAUUCGAGAGUAUAACCCCCCUGAAGAUCUUAGGGGCAAGGCUUCCAGGAGGAGGGUGGCAAGCGAAACGCACAGUGAAGGGUCAGAAUAUGAAGAGCUUCCGAAACGCAGGAAGCAGAGGGGGGUGGAGAAUGGGAACGGUCCCACUGUACCAGAAAGAGAAGCUGAAGAUUUGCGAAAAGGGGAUUUUCAGGAUUCAUGGAGAUCUAAUAGAAAUUAUUCAGAUGAUCAGAGCAACGCUGACUCAAAAUCAAGAGCUCCAAGAGCAUUUGGAAGAUCUCUCCCACCAAGGCUGAGCAAUAGCUAUGGAAGGAGGCCAUUAUCCACCAAGGAGUCCUCACACUGGCAAGCGAAGUCUGGGGGAUCAACUUAUCAAGAGUAUGGUGCACCGUCUGAGUCCUAUGGGAACCGCCAUCAUGCAGACAGAGACUAUGCCCAUGACUAUAGAUAUGCAGACUCAAUACCUAGUAGAGGUUUUAAUGAAAGCCGUGGAGAUGAGAGGAGGUCUUUUUUCCAAGAGGAAUAUUCAGAUCGGGAUAGUUUGGAAAAGAGAUCUUUUGGGAGGCGGCGGCCCCCACGCCAAGACAAACCUCCAAGGUUUAGACGCCUUAGACAGGAAAGAGACACUCUUGGACAGUGGAGUGGUGAAGAGACAGUUGGCACUGGGAACAGCAGUGAACAGUGGCAAUCUCAUCCAAGAGGGCCACUAAAUGACAAAUCCGGGCUGGUUCUUAGGAAGUCUCCAGAAAUGUCCCACCAUAAUUCUGAUCAUGUCACCGAAGAUUGGGAAACCGCUUCAGAAAGCAGUGAUUUCAGUGAGAAGAGGCCAGGCGAUAUGGAUGGAGACGGGAGCCAAAGCGGCAGCAUGUUGUCUGAAAAAAGAGAGCUCUCUAAGAGAAGUUUCUCUGGCCAGAGACCUCUAGUAGAUCGUCAAAGUCGCAAAAUGGAGCCAUCUGGUUACGACGAAAAGCCUGCAAGAGUCAGUGGGAGUUCCUCACGCAAUGAUUUCCAGAAGAAUUCUGGUCCCUUGAAGGGCAGCCAUUGUUCUGAAGAUUCCUAUGGUGCAGAGAGCAGCCACCAUCGUUACGCCAUGGACAGGUCUAUGCACUGUGAUAGUGGAGAAAUGGGGAAGAAACAGGAAAGGGAUUCAAGGACACCUGGUCUCAAAUCAAGUGAUAAGAAUGAGACCAUCACACAGUUUGACCUGAAAUAUGGAGAUACCAUGCUUGAGGAAGAGUCCGAGGUUGGAGACAUUGGUAACAAACCUCGUCGUGUGAUGGAAAAGGAUCGCCGGAAAAAGGACCAGGUGGUUCAGGUUCCGGCAAAGGGCAGCAGUAUCCAGUCUAGGAUUCCCCCUCGCUUUGCCAAAAAACAGAACAGCAUGUGCCUGGAUCAAGCCGACGUUACUGCCAAAGAAAUCUGGGAGAGCAGCAGCCAAGGAAUCUCUGUUCAGCCUGGCCUCGAUACCUGGAAUAAACCCGUGAGCUCGUUUAGCACCGAGUCCAGCUCUACAGAGGGCUUUAAAGGCAGUCAAGGAGACAGUGGCAUUGAUCUGAGUGCCGAAUCUCGGGAGUCGUCUGCUACAUCCUCGCAACGAAGCUCUCCAUAUGGAACCAUGAAACCCGAGGAAAUGAACGGAACUGGUGUGACAGAGCCAAAACCUGAUUGCCCUAAAGAGCAAGUCCAGAAACAGCUGGAGAAAAAGGAUUCAGACCCAGGUUCGGGGCUAAAUAAAGAGCAUAAACCUGGACCUAUUGGCAAUGAACGAUCGCUGAAAAACCGAAAAGGAUCAGAGGGCACUGAACGGUUGGAAGGUGGUGUCCCCCCGGUCAAUGGGGUAGAGAUCCAUGUGGAUUCGGUCCUCCCUGUUCCACCUAUUGAAUUUGGAGUAAGCCCAAAAGACGCAGACUACAGCCUUCCUUCUGGUACCGUGACCAUACAAGCAGCCAAUAACGUUACAAAGUUGCAGGAUGCUUUAGCCAGUAAGGCAGGGCUAACACAGUCCAUACCUAUCCUAAGGAGAGACCACCACAUGCAGCAGGGCAUGGGCCUAAAUCCUAUGUCCUACCCCACUGCAGAUCUCACCCUUAAGAUGGAGUCUGCCCGUAAAGCCUGGGAAAACUCUCCCAGUUUGCCAGAGCAGAAUUCACCAGCAGGCCCUGGCUCAGGAAUUCAGCCACCGUCUAGCAUGGGAGCCUCCACCGGGGUCAACUACAGCUCAUUUGGAGGCGUGUCAAUGCCUCCCAUGCCCGUUGCUUCAGUUGCCCCAUCUGCCUCCAUGCCAGGAAACCACAUCCCACCCCUGUACCUUGAUGGACAUGUCUUUGCUAACCAGCCUCGUCUGGUGCAACAGACCAUACCUCAACAGCAAGGGUAUCAGCAGGCUGCAGCCGCCCAGCAGAUUCCCAUUUCCCUUCACACCUCCCUGCAGGCUCAAGCUCAACUGGGUUUGCGAGGAGGCCUCCCCGUGUCCCAGUCGCAAGAAAUUUACAGCUCAAUGCAGCCAUUCAGGUCCCAGGUGUACAUGCAUCCAAGCCUGUCUCAGCCUAGUGCCAUGGUAUUGACAAGUGGUACAGGUCUCAAGCCUCCAUAUAACCAUUUCCCUGGCAUGCAAACACUUGAAAUGGUCAAAACCCAGGCCACGUCCCCUUAUCAGCCUCUGAAUGGAAGCCAGCAGCUGGUAUAUGAAAGCCAGCUUAACCAGGCCUCCCAGAUGAUGGACUCACAGCUCACACAGUUAACCAUGCCCAUGCCAGGCUCCCAACUUCAGAUGCCACGAUACAGUUCAGGACAACAACCAAUGAUGUUGCCGCAGUCCAUUCAACUUCCUCAAGGACAAAACCUGCCCGUAGGAGCUCCCCGGAGAAUGCAGCCUUCCAUGCUGACAAGCAGAGAGUCGUCCCAGAUGGAGAUGAAAAGCUUCCAUUUUACAGAUGGCAAACAGAAUAUGCAGACUGCCAUGCAAGCACAGCACUCCUAUCGGCCGAGUUCAGCUAGCCCCAGUGGAAAGUCACCCGGACCGGGGCCAUCAGCCAUCUUGGGCUCUGUGCAGGGACACUACCCUCAACAGGUAAAACACAGAUCUGAUGACAACAAGGGUGGCCUGAGGUCUCCCAAACUUUCCGAGCAGCCGUCGGCAAGUGCCAUGAACUUGGCGAGGACAGGGGCCAUCAAGCCUCAAGCGGUGAAGGUGGAAGAGAGCAAGGCUUGAGAGGAGGUCCAUUGUGUAUAUAGAUAAGCUCUUACCACUUCCCAUCACAUUUCUUCUCAUCUUGCUGUGCCCUUAGGAUUCUUCCUCCUUUGCCUCUGCAGUCACACGGAUAAACCAGACUUUAGCCCAGUUCCCUUGGGGGGGACUACCUGUUAUGACUUUAAUGGACUUCUUUGUAUCAUCGGAAGCAGCAUUUUUUCCCUUUCUUACCCCCCCCCACUCCCAGCGUAUUCUUCCCCCUUCCACUUUGUGGCCAUGGACUCUCUCUUCUGCCUCACAUUGGUUAAGUUUUGUCGUUGGUGAUUCCCUCUAGCUACCCUUAUUAGGCUGGUAGCGCCUUGUUUUUAUAUGUUUUAACCGCCCCCCACUCCCUCUUCCAAUUCUGUUUUUCUAAUGAUCGAACCCACACCCAAUUUCUGUUGGUCAGCCAUGUGACAGGACUGGUUUGAGGCCUAUGUUGUUGGACAGACGAGGUGGCCAGUCAAUGUUGACGUUUUAAAGACUUUAUGAACUCAUCUGUAGUGUAUAAUAUACCUUUCUCUUAUGGAUUCUUGGGUUACUUUUCCAUGAUGGUGUCACUGAGAAACCCAGUCCCCCCCCAACAGCGAUUGUACAUAAGUCAGACUGGCGUGAAACCAUGGUGGCCAAAAGAUGAACUUGUAAUGAGCUUUUUAGCGACCUGCAUGAGCACAACCUAUUCUGUAAGUCAGAUUGACAUCUGUAGGCAAGUUGAAACAACACCGCUUUAAGGACUGGUCCAUUGUGUCUUUUUAUGGCACAGAAGAUACAGCGUGACUAGUGCCAGCGGUGACCAAAUCCUUGUGUCCACCAGUUAAGAGCACUUACUGUAUGGUCUGUGACUUGUGCAAAUGCAGACUAUCCCAGCUGCAGAGGGAUAUGUUCACUAACCAAUCAAAAGUGUCGUUCUAGGCAGUAGCAGUUUUGGCUAACCUUAGAAUAGGUACCCGCAGGUGGCUUGUCUCUUCUGAUCAACGACAAUCUAAAUGUUGCAUGAGGGGGUGGGUUGUACAAUAGGCUAGGUCUUAAGCUCACAUGAGACCCCCUCUGGCUGUAUAGACAAGCCCUGAUAGAUUUAUUUCUGUUCAGCAAAUCCUUUUCUGAACCAAAUUAUAGGAUUCCACUUUAUAACUAAUCAUAUCCGUAGUUGCAGGCAGGAGGGCAAACUGAUGCCCCCUUUUAAACUCUGGCUGGUGGGGAAUAAUUGGGGUUGUAGUUAGAUCGUGGCAUUAGCGACACUUUUUUCCAACUUUUUCUUACUUGCCCAUGGAAGGGAGGGGGCACCAUGAAUAGUACCCCAGGACCUGGAUACCUGGUCCUGUUUGUUUCAAUUCUUAAAUUACAACUCCCUGCACCUCCCUCAAUCUUGGUGGGAGUUUGACCAGUUCUGUACAUACUGAAAAUAUGUAUUUUAAAUACACACAGUAUGUCCUUUGUACUUAAAGGUUCCCCCCCCCCCCCAACAUGUACUUUCUGCUCUCAUAAGUGUCCCUGGCUACAGAAAUAAAAAGUCUUUAGACUGCCUGCCCUCAGCAACUGCCACUUUGCAUUUAGGAUUAGGUCCCAGUGCCACAGUCCAACCAUAUCUCAGACUCGCAUAGCCCCCAACUGUAACGUUUACCCCUCUCCCCCCUUAGGUAUGUUUACCCCCCAGAACACUAGAACUUAUGUAUAUGUAUUUGAUGUUUGUAGAUGUAGGUAUAACACAAGGGCAAAAUAAUAAAAGUGGAGGUUUAACAUCUUUUCUUUCUUUUCUAUAAAUGGACUAUAUUCUGCAAGCAGAGAACGCCACCCACCAUGCUUUGCUUUGUCCUAAUGACCCUGCAAGGUGCAAUAUCAUUUUGCCCCCCCCCCCCUCCACCCAUCCCCAAGAUCAGGCACUGCAAAGUCCUUUAGUUUAUGCUGUAAAAAUUUAGAAUUACUGUCUUGUGAUUGUGUAUGGAUGAAGCAGUAUUUGUGAGCCGCUCGCAUGGGGGGAUUCAUUACCCAAUGAGACUCGGUCUGAACCCUUUGCCCCCCGGUCAGAGAGGAGAGCGCUGUGAAAUAUUGGCAUCUGAUUGGCCACCUCCCUUCCCAAUGUUUAAAGAUCUUAGUCUGCUGUGUAUAUAGGUACAAGUGUGUGUUUUGCUUUAUCACCAUUGUAGGAGCUGUUACUUGCUUGGCGCUGGUAGUUGUGUUUGUUUGUAUAUAUUUAUAUCUUCUUAAAGGGACAUUGCCCGGCACCUAUAAGAUUGGACCUUGUGAGUAACCAAUACAUUAAUUGCAGUUAUUGCAUUCAUUUUAGUGCUGCCCAAAGGUCGACCACUAGUGGCAGGCUGGAAACAAACUGAUAUUGCACCCUAAAAAGGAUUUGUUACCCGGUGGACUGUGGUUCAUUUUUUUUUUUUUGGAUGGGGGGGGAAGAGAUGAGUAUCGAGUCUUUUAUAUUUUUUUUAAAGAAUAAAUGUUGAUAAAUUCUUUUUAAGUGACCCAACCCCUUGCCCAGCUUUAGGUAUCAGUAGGGACACUGCUUUCCCAGACCUAAGCCAAUAACCUGGGUACCACACCAGUCCUACACUAUUUUAUCCCCCCCCCCUUCAGCUAUGUGAUUGUAAUAGCUCUUAUCAUCUGGAAGAAUUCUUCUCAUUUAAAUAUUUGAAAAAACAAAAAAUUAAAAAAAAUAAAGCAAAAUGCUUUUCUCAAAA